UAUUGUGGCGGACAUAUUACUUGCGAAAACAGAAUUUUCCCAGCCCCCCCUGAAAAUUAGUAGCAAAACACCACCAAAAAAUCAAAAUAUCCGCAUUUCUCUAGAAUCAUUCAAUAUCAUCCAAUACACGUCUUUUUCAAUCAAAUAUCAUCCAAAUACGCGUCUUUCUUACCUUUAUCAUCAAAUCCACAUAUAUUAAUCAACCCUUUUUUCAAUAUGCCUCGCAACGCCCGCCGUCCUGCUGCUUCGCAAGCCCGUACAAAGACUCCUACCCUGCGCCUCAGUCUCCUCAAACUACCUGUUCCAGAAGUUCCGGAUAAUGGAGAGGAUCCGGUCAAUGAUGAGAUGGAGGAGCAGGUGGAUGAGGAGGAUAUAGAGACUCAAUUGUAUGAACGGGUGAUUAUCAAUGGGAUAAAGGAUUCUGUCAAGACCAAAUACCGGACUGUCUCAGCAAAUGAUCCAACUAUCAGCUUCUUUCAUAUUCAAUAUACUGCAGAAAAGAUGACUGAGGAGUAUAUUGCAAAGCAGAUCUGCAAGGAGGUGGAAGUUGUAGAUCAUACAGCUGUUAUCACAUCAUACAAACAUGGAUUCCAGGCCAACAAAAUCACCAUUGAGAAGGAGGAGGAUUGGAAGGAGAUAAUUGGUCUUUUGAAGGAGUUGUAUAAGAAGAAGAUGAGUGAUCUUAUCAUUGAAGUCAUCUCUUCUUUCAAUCUUCUUGAUAUCUCAACACUAUCUUCAAACACAUCUGUAAUACACGGUCCUGCAGCUUUUAUUGAAGUGCCAGAUUCACAAUUAGCAACUCAGGCAUUGGCAUCAAAAAGAGCUCUUGAUGUCAAAGAAGACACAAUCUCACCAUCCUGCGAUCCUCACCACCGUCCUGCCAAAUCCCCUCGAAUCCAUGAAAUAUCUGAUGAUGAAAAGCCAUCUACACAUUCAAGAAUCACAGCCACCAGUCAACAACUGAAGAAGGUUUGA